CCAUUUCCCCUAUACCCAUUUCCUCAAUCAUUCUUCGGUCUUCCCCUUCCUGGUCUCUCGGUCCCUUCAAUCUUCAAUCGUUCAUCGUCUUUCCGUUCCUGGUCCGUUCGUGGUCUAUCUCUCUCGGUUUCCCGUAGACCUAUCACUCUCGGUCGGGAAAUGAGAAAAUAAGCAGAAAUUUUUAAUAUUUCACUAACUCUCUAUUCCCCAAUUUCUAUUUCUAUCAUUUACCACACAAAGACAACCCUAAUCAUUCUCUCUUCUGUCUUUUCCCCAUGGAUGGCUUGUUCUAUCCUCUGUAUCGUUUCCCACUGAUGCUACACAGAUAGUCAUAGCCAUUCUUCUUUUCUUUCACUAAAUUUUUUUUGCUCCAGUGCCUCCUCUUAGCCAUGGCUAGGGCUACCAUAAAGGUUUAUUUCUUCAUAAUGGAGAGGGGUUAGUCCUCUUCAAAAUCUCUGUUCCAGAAGUUUCUUCAUCGCCAGCAAAGAUUUUAAGGGUGGUGAUUUAUGGCUUGUUUGGAUAUUCAGAUGGAUGUAAAGAAUCAAUAUUAUGCAACUAUAUGGGUGCUCAAGAUAUGCAUUUUCGAGAAAAUGAGUGUGUGAACAUGCUUAUUCUUUGGCUCAAAAUAUGGAUCCUGACAGUGAAGGAAGAGGAGUUCUACAAUUUAAAACUGGAUUGAUGUCUUUCAUUAAGCAAAAACUUGCAAAAAAAGGAUGGAGGAGUUAUAGAUAGAAGCCAAGACAUUGCUCUUUUGCAAGAUUUCUACAAACUCUAUCGAGAGCGGAAUGACGUGGAAACGAGAAGAAGAGUUGAAUUUAAGGGAGACUGGGGCUUUCAGUGGAGACUUGGGCGAGUUGGAGAGAAAGACAGUUAAGAGGAAAAGAGUUUUUGCUACUUUAAAAGUUCUAGGCACAGUCCUUCAGCAGCUGACUGAGGAAAUUCCUGAUGAGCUGAGACGUGUGAUGGAAACUGAUGCAGCUAUGACGGAUGACUUAAUUGCUUAUAAUAUUAUUCCACUUGAUGCUCCUAGCCCAACAAAUCAUAUUGGGUUUUUCCCCGAGGUUCAAGCAGCAAUCUCAGUGUUAAAGUAUAGGGGACUGCCAAAAUUGCCCGAGGAUUUUCCCAUCCCUGCUACAAGAAAAGCUGAUGUCCUUGAUUUUCUGCACUACAUUUUUGGAUUUCAGAAAGACAAUGUUUCUAAUCAGCGCAAACAUAUUGUUCACCUUCUUGCCAAUGAUAAUACAGUUUGUUGUAGUACUUGCUUUUACUCGUUUUCUUUCUCUUCCCCAUUUUUUUGGGAUGUUCUUGCUUCCCGUAAUAAAAUUUGAUCUUUCAUCUUUUAUAUUCUUCUGAUAAUUGUUAGCACUUAAAUUUUUAUAUGCUCAUAGUAUAGUAUACAUCAAAGGAAAGGCUUUACACAAAUUUAGGCCCUGACUUGCAUUUUCUGUUGCUAGUUUGCAUACUGAGCUAAUUAGUAGGAGACACAAUCUUAAGUAGAGCUACCUUAGUUUCUUUUAUUUUUGUUAGUCUAUGCAAUAUGAUCUAGUGUGGCACCACAAUUUUUACUAUAAGGGAAAGAAAAUCAAUAUAAUAUGUGAUGUGGGAGAGUUGAAUUGAUAACUUUGUCCAUGUUGUUUUUUGUUGAAGUAGUUUUUAUGGAUGCUAAUAGUUCUGUUAAUACUUUAUUCAGUUUUGGCCUCUUCUCUUUAUGAUAAGCCUAUUUAGUUUUUCCCCUUUUCUUACUAUUUGUAUUACUGUUAUGAAAAUCUCUACAAAUUAAACAAGGUAUUUCAUAACAGUACACAACUUUUUAGAAAAGUUUCUCUUUACACUGUCUAUAAUUUUUAUGUAACGAUUUUUUUUGUUUAACACCUUAUUGUUUCUCUGAUAUUUCUUUGUUGUAAAAUUUAAAAUUUGAUGGAUUAA